AUGAGCGCAGCUCAAAAUUCUUCUAGUCGUAAACCAACCACACGGCCAAAACUUGGCAUUUUCGUUUAUUUACUAGCAUUUAUGGCUGUAAUUGGUGGUUUUUUAUUCGGCUAUGAUACCGGUAUUGUUUCAAGUACGAUGCUUUAUGUGGAACAUAAUGUUGGUAUGAGGCCAAUGAGCACACUUUGGAAGGAACUAAUCGUCAGUAUAACACCAGGUACUGCUGCGAUCGGUUCAUUAUUUGCUGGUCCAGCAUCUGAUCAUUUCGGAAGAAAAAAAAUUAUCUUGUCUUCCAGUGUUGUAUUUGUGAUUGGUGCAGCUAUUUGUGCAUUAGCUCCAGAAAAAAUAACGUUGCUUAUUGGAAGAUUUUUGCUCGGUUUUGCUAUUGGAUUUGCAUCAAUGAUAGUACCAAUUUAUGUUGGUGAAGCAUCUCCUCUACAUAUCCGUGGCAUUCUACUGACUGGUUUUCAGCUAAUGAUCACUUUUGGCUUAAUGGCUUCCAAUCUUAUCGCUGGUGGAUUCUCAUACAUUGACCCAGUGAAUAUUGGUUGGCGUUUAAUAUUCGCAUUUGCUGCUUUGCCAGGUAUAAUACAAUUCAUAGGCUUUUUGUUUCUGCCAGAGAGUCCCCGAUGGUUAUAUAAAAUGGAACAGAAAGAAGAAGCCUGCAAGGUUUUGAGCAAAAUCUAUAAUGGAUAUGAGGACUGGAUAGCCUACGAAGUUUCUGAAAAUGCGGAAUCACUGGAAAGUGAAAAGAAAGCCAAGGAAGCCGUCGGUGAGUCGAUGUUGCUUGGACGAAUAUUAACGACACCACAUGUUCGGAAAGCGCUUAUUAUUGGAUGUUCUUUGCAAGCCUUUCAACAGCUUUCUGGAAUUAACACCAUUAUGUAUUAUACGGGUACGAUAAUUCAAUCAGCUGGUAUUCAGGAUCCACAUACAGCUAUCUGGAUUUCGGCUGGCAUUUCAAGCGUCAAUUUUUUGGCCACAUUUGUGCCAAUGUAUCUAAUAGAACGUAUUGGACGUCGGCUACUCUUGUUCAUAUCAAUGACUGGCGUGAUAUUUGCAUUAUUUGCUAUGGGAGCUGCUUUUCUAUUAAUAAACCUUGAUUCACCGGCUUCGCUAGAUCCAAAAAGCAUUUCUGUCGACACUUCCGUGGAUCAUUAUAUGCAGUGUCAAGUGUUAAGUAACUGCGAUCAUUGUGUUACUGAUGAAAAAUGCGGUUUUUGUCAACCAAGUCUCGACUCACCUAAAGGCUACUGUUUACCGUAUUCACGCAAAUCUCCCGAGCGAUCGCUAACUGGGCCAUGCGAAAACAGUAACACAACAACGACCAAAUGGGCAAAUUCAUUCUGUCCGUCAAAAUAUGCAUUUAUACCAAUCGCUGUUAUGGUAGUCUACCUGGCAUUCUUUUCUAUUGGUUAUGCUCCAAUGCCUUGGGUAUUGAAUGCAGAGUUUUAUCCACUUUGGGCACGAGGUACAUGCUGUGCAUUGUCAACAUGCUUCAAUUGGACAUUUAACUUGAUUAUUUCUUUGACAUUUUUAUCCCUUACGCAAACUGCUACUAAAUAUGGUGCAUUUUUCAUUUAUGGUGGCAUAACGUGCAUCGCUCUUACCUUUUUCUACUUUGUCAUACCUGAGACAAAGGGCUACAACAUUGAAGAAAUUGAAUUACUGUUCAUGUCUCGAGCUAAACAAAGGCAACAAAUAAUGCCAAUGACUGAUCAGCGAUUUAAUGAAAGAAAGCAUCGCGACAUGACAGCAGUUACCUGCAGCCAAUCAGACGUAUUUUGA